AUGCAAUUCAGCCAGCUCCUUCUUACCGCCCUCUUCGCCGCUCCUGCGGUCCUGGCUUCUCCAGUCGCCGGCGUGUCGAUGAUGGCUGCUGGCCCUGAGUGGACUAUUGAGAACAUGAAGCGGGUCUGCAACGGCGACAAUACCUCAUGCACCUGGACCUUCGGCAUCAACCCCGGAUCAGGCGCUACCGCUUGCACCUAUGUCGUGACCGCCAACGAUGCCUCUGAGGCUAACGGAGGCCCUUCUACCUGCGGCGCUUAUACCAUCACCUCAGGCUGGAGUGGCCAGUUUGGUCCGGGCAAUGGCUUCACUACCUUGUCCGUUGUCAAUGACCAGUCUCGCCAGAUCAUCUGGCCCGCCUAUACCGACAAGCAGCUUGCCGGUGGGAACGUCGUGAAGCCUGAUCAGUCUUACGCCCCCGCCGCUCUCCCUUGA